AUGAUGAAUAAUUUAGAAAUAUAAAAUGAAUAACAAUCUGAAAAUAAUGAAGAUGGUGAAUAAGAGGAGGAUUCAGAUUCAUUAUAAAACAGAUUGUUAUUAAAUAAUAUACCUACACCAUCUCGAACAGAAUCUAAUUUUUAGACAUCGACAAAUAAAACUAUUCAAAGAAAUUCAAUUUAAUAACUCAAUUAAUUUAGCAAUGAAUAAUAGUUCAAAGAUUAAGAUGCUUAGUUAAAUGAUCUCGAUUUAAAGAAGUAAACAUAAAUGUCAUAUAAUUCUUCUAAAUCAUCCAAAACUUUAACAUCUAUGAAAAUUAGUUUACUCUAAGCCUCAUUAAUUGCUAAAGAUUAAUUAAUUUUAAACUUAUAAGAAGAAGUUAAAUAAUUAAAAAAACAAUAAAUUGAAAAAGAUCAAUAAAUGGCAUCAAUUUAAAGGAACUAUGAAAAUAAACUAUAGUAAAUGAAUGAUAGAAUAACAGAUUUAGAAAGAAUAAUCAAAGAAAAGGAUAAUGAUAUUGAAUAGUUCAAAAAUGGGAAUAAUACACUAAAUUUACAGGAUUUAUCAGUAAUUACAAAUAAAUAAAAUGAAUCAAAAAAACAAAAAAUUAAUGAAUUUUAAUAAAAUGAUAUAUAAGGAUAUAGAUAAAAUGCUGAAGUUUAUCUUAACAGUAAUUUUUGGUUGAUAUCAGCUGAAAAAAAACUAUAAGGUAAUAAUCCAAUAUGCAAUUAUUAACCAAAAGAUAUUAUGGAUGCAAAACAAUCUUAAUUAUAUUCAUAAUAAUAAAAGGUAAUUGAUAAAUCGUAUUGGUCUAGAUAAAAUUUAGAACCUACUAAAUAAAUUAAACAUAAUUCUAAUAUGUUAUUACCUAAAUUAAAUGAAAUGAAUUCUCAAAUUAAUCUACAAUAGCCAAAAUAUUAUCACAAUAAUUUAAGAAGUCAAAGCCUUUAAUAAAAUAAUUAUAAGAGUUAUUCAUCUAUGUCUUAACCUUAUAUAAAUAAAGAUCUAAUACCAUAUGAUCCUGAUGAUUUUUUAGCUGAUUAAGAAAUUAAAUAGAUUUUUACUAUUUAAUCACCUGUUAAAAAAGAAUCUUUGGAUUGGGAUUCAUAACCAUCAAAUAAAUAUAUGAUUACAUACAAUCAUAAUUUAAAUUAAGCAAAAUUAGAUUACAAUGAUAAAGUAUAAACAACAUAGAAUCAUAUUAAUUAAAGGAAAUACAAUCAACAUAAGUUAUCUAAUAAAUGA